GACAGCAAUGAAUCAACCGAAGAUAGGCGUCUAGAACCGGGUGUUACCCUUGAUAUUUACUUACGUUCUUACCGUUGUAACACACAUAUUUGUCACAACGUACCGAUAUUUUCUUCAUGGCAACCUUACAGAAAGCUAUUGAUAUUGUUACCAAGGCAACAGAGGAAGAUAAAAAUAAGAAUUAUGAAGAAGCCUUAAAGUUGUAUGAACAUGGAGUUGAGUAUUUUCUCCAUGCCAUGAAAUAUGAAGCUCAGAGUGACAAGGCUAAAGAAAGCAUCAGAUCUAAAUGUAUGCAGUAUCUUGACCGAGCUGAAAAAUUGAAGAAAUAUGUUUAUGGAAAAAAGAAGAAUCCAGUUGCUGAUGGAGGGGGCUCUACAACAGGGAGGAACAAUAAGAAAGGAAAAGGUAGUGAUAGUGACUCAGAUGAUGACAAAGGAGAUCCAGAGAAUAAAAAAUUCAAUGACCAAAUUUCAGGAGCUAUAGUGAUGGAAAAACCCAAUGUUAAAUGGGAUGAUGUGGCUGGACUUUACCAGGCUAAGGAAUCAUUAAAAGAGGCGGUCAUUUUACCUGUUAAAUUUCCUCAUCUCUUCACAGGUAAACGCAAACCUUGGAGAGGAAUUUUAUUAUUUGGGCCUCCUGGUACUGGAAAGUCAUAUUUGGCAAAGGCUGUAGCUACUGAGGCUGAUAAUUCAACAUUCUUCUCUGUAUCAUCUGCAGAUUUAGUGUCUAAAUGGCUUGGAGAGAGUGAAAAAUUGGUGAAAACCCUGUUCCAACAGGCGAGGGAACAUAAGCCCAGCAUCAUAUUCAUUGAUGAAGUGGAUGCCCUCUGCUCAUCCCGUGGGGAGGGUGAGUCCGAGUCCAGUCGACGAAUCAAAACUGAGUUCUUGGUUCAGAUGCAAGGAGUUGGGAAUGACAAUGAUGGAAUCCUGGUGUUAGGUGCCACCAAUAUACCUUGGGUACUGGACUCAGCCAUCAGAAGAAGAUUUGAGAAGAGAAUUUACAUCCCUUUACCAGAAGCUCCAGCAAGAAUGGCCAUGUUUAAACUUCACUUAGGCACAACACCGCAUAGCAUACAGGAGCAUGAGUUUAAACAACUCGGUGAAGGAUCAGAUGGGUAUUCUGGAGCAGAUAUCAGUAUCGUUGUAAGAGAUGCCCUGAUGCAGCCUGUAAGGAAAGUACAGACAGCCACACAUUUCAAGAGAGUACGAGGUCCCUCCAGAAAUGAUCCUAAUGUAAUAGUUGAUGAUCUGUUGACACCUUGCUCACCAGGAGCCCCCGGGGCUACAGAAAUGAGCUGGAUGGAUGUGCCCGGAGAGAAGCUACUUGAACCUGUAGUUAGCUUGAGUGAUAUGCUAAUGUCCCUGAGCACCUCAAAACCAACUGUUAAUGAAGAGGAUUUGAAACGCCUACAAACGUUUACGGAGGAUUUUGGCCAGGAAGGAUGAUGCUUUGUCAAUCGUUUUUGUUGUGAAAAGUACUAUGAUGCAACUGUGACUUUAACAGUCUGACAUGGAUUCAUAAAUAACGUGCAGAAGAUGAUCACUUACACAUGAAGAUGGUGCACACCUGCAUGUCCCUGCGUUUUUGAAAUGAUGUUGAAUGGAAUAGGAGUUUUUAGAAAACCUUUCAUCAUUUCUGAAGAAACUUGUAGUUAAGCUUAUCAUUAGGCCAACCUUGACAUACGUUCAUGGCCAUAAUUCAUUAUUUACAGUCAUUGGCAUAUCACCAUUUUACAUGUAUUUACAAAGCGAUUGUUAUUUCUUGUGCACAAGAGCUGAUUGUGACAAUAUUUCUUUCUUUGCUGACAAUGUGAUAGAUUAAAGAUAGACAUGUAAAUCAGCUUGAUAUGUGACCAAUGUGGCGAUGUUUUUUUUUUUUUUCAAGAUUUGUGUUUCUAUGUCUACUUUAAUCACCUGAAGAAUUUAUUUCCUCAAUUUUGCCCCAAAAAUAACAAUGGCCAUUUAUUUCACAAAGGCCAAUUAAAUAGAAAAAGAAAACACCAUCUUGCAUCUUGUUAUAUAUAGGCCCUGUUGCUUUUUUGGUCUUGAUUUCCACAAAGUUUUGAUAAAUGAUGUACAUCACGGAAGUUUUUUCAUACUUUAUUGUAUUUGACAUUGAUUUGGAAAUGUUUUAAGUAAAUACUAAUGACACCCACCUGCUGUUGAGAAGGAGAUAAUUACCGGUGACCUCUGGCUUUGGUAUCAAUAAAUGCUGUUGAGAUUAUUUUCCCAACUUCUGAAUAAAUGUUGAUAAGAUGAAGGGAAAGUCGUAUCAUGAUAUGAUGAACCUGCUUGAAACUGAGACAUGUAAAACAGAAGUCUACAGAAGUUUCGUCGCUGCUUUCUUUUUUAAUACAAUGAAGGUAAAUUCCUUAUAAAAUCCCUUCUUCUAAUUAUAAAAAGAUUACUGAAACUUGUUUCCUUCUCAAUUUUGGUUUGUGUGGCCUUAAGGAGUUAUAUAUAUGUCUACUGACUUUUCCAACAUGAUUUCUACUCAAAACCCUGGAUGCUUGAGUUAGUAAAUAAGAUGAGCAUAUAAUUUAUUAGAGGAGAUGUAUGUUUGCAUUGAAAAAGUUUGAUUUUGAAAUUGAUUUCUUGGAAUUCUUAUGAGUAAAAAUGAAAGGGAGAUGAUUUUGGCCGAAGUCACAGCUAUAAUUAAAGAGGUUAAUGAUGAACAUUGUCUGUUGUGUUUCUUUUCCAUAAUUUCAUGCAUAGAAAAUAGUGUACACAUAGAUAUUUUUUAUUUAACAAACUUAACAAUAUUUUUGCCACACUUGAACAUUUUUGCAUUCAAAAUCACAAAUUUAUGUUUUAAAAAAAAAGAAAAAUAGGGGAGAUUAUUAUGAAUUAGGUUAUUUUUUAACAAGACAUUUUUCACAGACAUGAUUAUACCUAUAAGUAUUCAUAAACCCUCCGUUUCCCUAAUAGGAACACAUACUAGUAUCCCAAGAUUUGUUUGCCAAUAUCUUCAUUAACACAUGACUCGGAGUCCUUCCUGUGUAUGGUUGAGAUGAGUUUGACCCUAGUCGUCAUACAACUGAUAUGAUGCUAACCUUGAUAUACUUCCCUAUACUUAUGUUAUACUUACCAUUUAUCUAGAGAUGUACACACCUGUAUAGAUCUAUAUAUGGAUCUGCCUAUGGCAAUAUUGGCUAAGAAAAACACAGAAUUUCAAAUAUUUGAUGUAUUUGCACUGACCCUCGGUGCUUUUAAAUCUUACAAGUUUUUCUUUUCUUACAAACAAGUAAAAAGGUUCAUCUUUUAACAUAAUUUCUCCUUGUUUUUGCCAUCGUCUUCAGGCUGGUCAGCUGUCUGUACAGUCAUAGAUUUUAUAAUGAUGUAAUACACAAAAGUCAUUCAACUUUCUUGUCUCCAAUUUCUAAUUAUUAGAAAGAAAAAAGAAAUAAAGGAUUUCCCUGAACUUUACAA